AUGUCUGCGCCAGAGACUCAGAGCAACAAACUCCAGGAUUCAAUUCAUACGGAGAAUGUCGUCCCCUCACCGCAAAAGCCAAUGGAAGGGGCCCUCGACGUGGAAGAUCCUGCAUGUCCUCGGAAUUGGCCAUCGUGGAAGAAAAAUGCCCAGAUCCUGAUGGUCGCGUUCCACUCGAUGUCUGCAACGUUCAUUGCCGCUGGAAUCAUCCCUGCUUAUGAGGCGUUGGCAGAGGAGUAUGGCAUCACAGUGCCCGAGGCGAGCUACCUGACCUCAGUCCAGAUCCUCCUCUUCGGCCUCGCCCCGUUCAUAUGGAAGCCAAUUACAGAAAUAUACGGCCGAUACCAUGUCUUCUUGCUGUCGGUAUUUGGGUGCAUGCUGUGCAACAUUGGAUCAGCCCGAUCUACCACCUACGCCGCCCAGAUGGUUUCAAGAGUACUGGGUGCAAUCCUUAUAUCGCCGCCGUUUGGAAUCGGCAGCGGAGUGAUUACGGAACUGUGCGAGCCAGAACAUCGAGCGCAGAAGCUGGGCUGGUGGACCUUGCUGCUCACGCUGGGGACGCCCUGCGGCCCCUUCAUCAUGGGAUUUGUGUCUCAACAUGCCGGUGUACAGUGGAUCUUCUGGAUCUUCACCAUCGUGAAUUUCGUGCAGUUGGUUCUCUAUGUAGCUAUCGGCGAGGAGACGCUGUACAUCCCCGGACAGCCAAACAGUACCAGCAGGGGGUUCUUUGCGAAGUUCGUCCCCAGACGCAUUAAUCCUCGUCCCCUUCGACUGCGCGAGUUCAUCGAGCCUGUCUUUCUCUCACGACAUACCCGAGUCCUUAUCCCUGCUAUCGCCCAUUGCAUUGUCUUCUGCUACGCGAAUAUCGUCCUGAUCGUGGAAAUGCCCAUCGCGUUCGGGGAAAAGUUCCAUUUCAACGCCCAACAGAUCGGUCUACAAUUCAUCGCCAUAAUUAUCGGCUGCGUGCUUGGUGAACAGCUGAGCGGACCUAUUUCCGAUUGGUUCUUGAUGAUGUUGAAGCGAAAGAGAGGGUAUUUCCAUUCAGCAGAUCGCCUGUGGCUUUCGUAUAUUGGCUACGCGACGGUCGUUGCCGGCCUCCUGGUCUGGGGCUUCCAGCUGGAAAAAGCCGAUAGUACCUGGAAUGUCACUCCUUGUAUUGGAGCGGCCAUUGCAAGCUUUGGCAAUCAGAUCAUUACCACGAUUUUGAUCUCGUUCGCGGUGGACAGCUACAAGGAGCAGUCUACCGAUGUGGGUGUUUGCAUCAACCUCUACCGUCAGAUAUUUGGAUUUAUUGGCCCGUUCUAUUUUCCGCAAAUGUUCGAAACCCUGAAGCUGUCUGGUGCUGCAGGCGUGAUGUGCGCUGUUGUUGCUGUCGCUGCUCUGCUUCCUACAGUCGCCAUACAAUUCGCUGCGUCGAGGGCAAAAGCUGGACUUUGA